AUGGGCAUAGCAGCAUUUGUCGGCAAUAUUUUUGUCGUAAUAAGUAAUCACAGUAAUCGCCAAAAUAAGCUGGGCAAAGUAACUAUUCUUUUAAUCGAUAAUUUGGCAGUAGCUGAUUUCUUGAUGUCGAUUUAUUUAUUUAUCAUUGCAAUUGGUGACCAAGUCUAUAUUGAUCGUUAUGCAAACUACUCAGAGGAAUGGUUAACUAGCCCUGCCUGUAUUAUUGCCUCAUUUCUAAUAUGCACCUCUGGCUUAAUGUCGGUCAUUAUGAUGCUAUUAAUUAGCAUUGAUCGUUAUAUCGUCACUGCAUAUCCAUUUUCAUCCAAAAGCGUACGAGUAAAGCGUUGCAAAGUAACGUUAAUAUCGGCAUGGUCAUUAACAUGUCUAUUCGUUGGUAUUCCUGUCACCAUGAGUAUCAACCAGCCUGGUGAUUUACGACUAUAUCAAUUCAGCUCAGUUUGUACGCCAAGUAAUCUGAGUAAUGGAUUUUUCGCUAGUUGGACAAUAUUUUUCGUUGUAAUCCAAUUUAUUUUUUGGAUUAUUACAUUAAUUCUAUAUAUUAAAUUAAUGUUAAAAGUCCGUAAAUCGAGUCGCUCAAUUCGUAGUAGCGCUCAAUCGCACGAUUUUGCUAUUGCCGUAAGGUUGUCUUUAAUUCUAAUUACGGAUUUGCUUGCAUGGCUGCCAGUAUAUAUUAUCUCCGUACUAGCUUUAACACAAGGUAGUUUGAGUGUUUUCAUAUUACAAUUUGCUGUAAUCUUAGCAUUACCUCUGAAUUCGGCAAUUAAUCCGUAUAUCUAUACAGCGACUGGAACAGCAUGUUUU